CGUCGUUCGUGGCCGCCAUACAAACGCCUAGUGUAAGGAACAUACCAUGUCGGCCCUUGCGAGUCCCGCCACGGACCUCGCCGCCGGGGACGCGAUGAUGGACGCCGUGCUCAUCAUCCCGAACCGCGUCUGCAUGGUCUGCUUCGACGCGCGCUCGAGCGCUGGCAACGCGCUCUUGUGCUGUAACGUCCCGAGCUGCCACACGCGCGUGCACGAGGCGUGCUACGCUGGCGAGGCCAAGACGCUGGCACCGAGCGCGGUCCGAGCGCAAUGGUCCUGCGACGUCUGCACGCUCGAGAAGGCGCGCAACGAGCUCACGCCCAACGCUGCCCGCGUCUGCGUCGUCUGCAAGCAUUCUGGCGGCGCGCUCAAGCCGACGACGCAGGCGCACGCGUUGUGCCACUUGGUCUGUACGCGCUGGCUGCCCGAGCUCAAGCAGGUGGCGUCCGAGGCCCACCCGAGCGCGGUUGUCGUCGAUACCAAGCUCCUCUACGCCACGCGCAACAACCUCAAGUGCUUCCUCUGCAACAAGCGGGGCGGCUGCAUGCAGUGCUCGAGCAAGCGCUGCCCCAAGUCGUUCCAUGCCCUAUGCGCCGUGCGCGCGCCGGCGAGCAAGGUCUUUACGGGUCUCAACGACGAGCAGCAACCCGUGUGCCACUGCGCGAUGCACCUUGGCGACGUCCAGCCGACGUUCACGCUUGUCAAGGACUUGCAUUUUGGGAACCCCUACGUCGGCGACAAGAUGUACGAGCCCGAUGCGCCCUUCGAGGCUCUCGAGGCGGCGCCGACGGCCAGUGAUGCACCCGCGACGCUCGUGUCAGCUGCAGCGCUCAUGCCUUUCUUCAACCUGCCACUGAGCGCGCCGCCGGCCAAAAAGGUCGGGCGGCCCCGCAAGGACGACUACCAGCCCAAGCCGAGCCCAGUCCACGUGACAAUGCCGAUUCCAAGACCUGACAUGCCUCGACUGCCGCCGGCACCACCCGCGCCGGCAGGGCUGGGCAUGCUGCCGACGUCGCGGCCAGCGCCGCCCCCACCGGGGCUGGGGAUGCUUCCGCCGCGUCCGCAGAUCAUGACAGACGUCAUCCCGUGUCCGCUCUGCAAAGAAGUCGUGUUGCGGACGAAUUUAGCGCAGCACAUGACGACGUCGUGCAAGAAGCAGGUCGCGACGGCGUCGGCGCCCAAGCCAACACCGACCAAAAGCAAGGCCGGAAAGGCCAUGCCGCCGCAUUCAACGACACCGACGGGUGGCAAGGCGGCAGCAACAGCUGUAGGCAAGGUGACGCCGACGGCGGGCAAGGCGACACCGACGGGCAAAGCGGCCAAGGCAGCCGAAGGUCCCAAGAAGCCCCGCGGGCGUCCACCCAAGAAGAAGCCCGAGCUAUCGAUCGCCAUGCCACUCGAGCCGAGUCGACCGCCGAUGUCGAUGUCGAUGCCACCGACGCCGUUGCCACCGUCGACGACGACACAUGUGCCCGUGGUCAUCAAGAAGCAUGCGACGACGUCGUUGUUUCCGCUUUCGCUGGGCCAAGCGUCCGUGGAUCCGGUCGGCGACCUUGCGAUCGCGUCGUUGCAUGCAACCAUGCCGUCGGACAACCUCUUUAUGACGUGGCCCGGCCAGCAGUUUGGCCAUCUGAUGCAGUCGGCGUUCUUCUGGGACCAAGUGUCAGUCGCAUUCUUCUCGAAGUACCCGAUGCAGAAGAAGCGCCUCGAGCCGCUCGCGCACUGGCUCACGGGCGCCAAGCCCGACGGCAUUGAAAAGCCUCGGGGCGCGUACGACAAGCCGCGGUGCGCCGACACGGUCGUGGUCACGUCAUCCGACGACUGGAUGGUGCAAACCGGCAUGCAGCACACGUGCGAUUACAUGCUGCUCGCGAGCGGCGCGCAGUGUGCAUUCAACCAAGACGUCCACCCGUUCCUGCACGUGCACUCGGUCGCGCCGUCGCCGUCCAACGACGGCACGUCGCAUAUUGCGGUCAACCUCGUCGUGCACUCGACUGCGGUGCGGUGCACGUUUGCACUCUCGCAGACCGAGCCGCCGGCCGAUACGGACGUGGCCUGGACGCGGUUUAAGCCCGAUGCGUUUCACGAUCUCUUGACGAACGCGACGCCGGCGUAUCCGCGCGGCCAUAAGCUCUGGGUGGCGCUCCUCGGGCUCGAACCGCUCACCAAUGUGCUCAUCAAGCAGCAGUACGGCGAGAGCGCAGCGUUCACCGGCAGCCAAGUGCAGGACGACAUGACGCUCGAGAUGCAACUGUGCGUCGACUUGCUCAACGAGCAAAUGAAGACGAACCGCGUGCGGUGGCGGUCGCUCUGGGCCAAAGGCACGCAGUACAUGCAAGCGCAAGAGACCCAGUUGGCGGCGCAGGGCCAUGUCGAGCGACUCUACCACGAAUAUGCGUGGUGGAAAGCGGUGUGUCUCUGCGUCAUCAAGGGCACAAAGGACCUGCCGUUUCUGCCCGAGUCGGACGACACGCGUCUCCAGCCGUUUGAGGACGGCACGUGCGUCAUCUGCUUUGAUGGCAUCUCGGAGGACGGGAACCCGAUCAUCUUUUGCGAAGCCUGCGACAUUGCCGUGCACCAGCGCUGCUACGGCAUCGCCGAGAUCCCAAAGACGGACUUUUACUGCGACAAGUGCAUUGCGCUGCGCAAACUGCCGUCGGCGCCGGUGUUUUGCCAGCUGUGCCCGAUGCGCGACGGCGCGCUCAAGAUGACGAAAGAAGGUCUCUGGGUCCAUGUGGCCUGUGCGCUCUGGAGCCCCAACACGCAGCUCGUGCACAUUCCGCGCAUGCUGCUCCAACUGUCGAUGCAGCCCCACGUGCGAUUUGCAAAUUUCGACACGGCAACGGCGAUGACGUCGCCGCUGGCCGACGUCGCCGAUCUCCCGCCGCCGCUGCUUGCCGGUGGUCUCUGCACGAUCUGUCGCGUCGCGACCGGACGCACGGUGCGCUGCCGCCACCCCGACUGCGGGACGUCGAUGCACCCGCUCUGCGCCUGGUACGCCGGCUGGCACAUGCACGCGUCCGUGGCCGCGUGCGGCUACGUCCACGUCGGUGGCGGCCAAGGUCUUGUCUUCAACGUCUACUGCGACGCCCACCAACCGUCGUCGCUCGCGUGUGCCGACCGGUCGCUUCAGCGCGAUGCGCGUGCCGCGCUUCGGCUCGUUGAGGCCACCAAGCGAGCGCAGUUGCGACUCCUCGCGAGCGACGAAGAUGCGACGUGCGCCGUCUGCAAGAAGACGAAAUCGCACGAGUUGUCGUCGCCGUCGUCGGUGCUGCUGCGCUGCCGCCUCUGCAGCGUCAUUGUGCACCCGAGUUGCUGCGCCCCGGCGGUCGCGAUCGACCAUAUUACCAACGACUGGGCGUGCGAAAAGUGUGCCGUCGAUCCGACGGCCGCAUCGGCGCCCUGUGUCCUCUGCGACCGCGUUGGCGACUACAUGCUGCCGGUGCGCCCGUUGGCGUCGACCGGUGCUGCACUGCACUACGGCUUUGUGCAUCUGUUUUGCGCCAAUGUGUUUCACAGUCGCAUUGUGACGGACCCGGCGACGGGCACCCGGCAUGCACUGCCACUGCACCCGGUGGAGCCGCCGCUUACCAAGUGCUGUUCGCUCUGCCAGCAACGCUCGGGCCGCCUCGUGAGCUGUAGCAAGAAGCAGUGCCAAGCCGUGUUCCACCCGUACUGCCACCACGAAGCGCGCUUGUACAACUACAAGCCCGGUACCAAGACGGAGCGCGCGUACUGUUGCAAGCUCCACCCGCCGAGCCAUGCCGUCUUUGACGAAGCUCGCGGCCUUUGGAUCACCAAGCAAGAGAUCAUGGCGCUGCAGCAGAUCCGGUGCACGUACGAGCGCACGCGGAUGUUCAUCGACUUGGCCAAGCAGCGCGAGAAGACCAAGAAGCGCCUCUUUCUCCAUGUCGAGGCGGCGGCGUUUGAAAAAGCCAAGGAGGUGGUCGCGGUCGUCAAGCCGACGCGCACGAUGAAGGCGUUUUAUGCGUCCGUCACGGGCGACGACGACCUGCGGGACGUGACCCGGCGCAAGCCAAAGGAAGUGGUCGCGACCACACCGAGCAAGCCGCUGCAACGGGGCAAGAAGCGCGGCUCGGAGACGCGCCAAGAGCUCUGGCUCAAGAAGCUUGGCGCCACGGACGAGUCGAUCGUCGCCAAGCGACCCCGCCGUCGCAGCGUUGACGACGACGCGAACGACGAGACGACGAGCACGCAAGCCGACGCGCACGCAAUGAACGAGGCGGACGAGCAACCACACACCAAGCAACACGACGCGAUCGCUACGUGGUGGCACCGUGCACUCGAAGCACUGCCAGCGCAAGAAGAAGAUCUGGAUGACGUCAUGGCCACGCUCGUGGACGACGUGUAGGUGUCAUCUUGCCUGUUUUGGACUUUACAACAAUACUACAUAAUUUGGCGUCGAGUGCA